CUUGUUCUUGCGCAUUCUUCGUCCAGUAUGGAUUCUAUGAGCUCGCAGGGAGACACAUCGCUUGCGUCGGGCAUGAUGGUCGCGUAUUUGCAUUUCACACCGGGAGAUAUCCUGUGGUUCCAGGGCUGGGUCCCAAAGAGCGUUGGUGCGAUGGUUGGAGCAUGUAUUGGCCUCUUUUUGUUGGCGCUCAUCGACCGCUGGGUUGCGGCGAUGAGGAGGGUCAUGGAUGGUCAUUGGGCGAAAAGAGCCGAAAUGGCCUAUGCAAAGAAGCACGGUGACUCCUCUUCCGAAGUCGAGGCGCUUAAGCCCAGUACUCUCAAGUCUCUUGCAAUUCGUGCUGCUCCGCCGUUCAUUCUUUGGAAUGAUGUGGCCAGGGGAGUCUUGCAUACGCUGCAGUCCGCCUUGUCUUUCACAUUCAUGUUGGCAGCCAUGACCUUCCAGGUGGGAUUUAUUCUCUCGAUCGUUAUUGGUAUGGGAGUGGGUGAGACAUUGUUUGGAAGAUUUGGUAUCCUCGGAAGCGCCCAU